AUGAACACUCAUAAGUUUCCACAUACAAACUUUGCACAGGAGAAGUUCGAAAAGCACCAGUGCACAAAUGCAAUGCUUCAUGGUGGAUUGGAUCCAGCAUCCAAAGAAUUAAGAUUCAUUAUCACUUGCCAAUAUCAGAAAGGAUUAACACAAUUCAAUAUUGAACAGCUUGUCAAUGCUAAAGACUUUGGAAUUCAUUCCGAUACUGAGGGAUUAUCUAAUGAUGAUGAUAUUGCUACUGACGCUAUUGAAUUUGUUUUAACCGGAGCUGAAGUAGAUAUAAAUUCUGAGAUACUGGAAGAACAUGAACAUGAUCAUGAAGAUGAGCAUUUCCCUCCAGUACCUAAUGCAAAACAAGCCAAAACAAAAUGGCAUAAAACUGAUAAAUUCCUUGAUAUUCAUCCAGAAAAUGUUGUUCAUAUCCUUCAAGAAAAAAGAAUGGAAAAAGGAAAAAAUGGUGAUGUGACUUUUCCCGAUGAAUGUUUAUACCGUUCUCUUCAAUUAAAUCAUUCAAUAGACAAACAUCGAUGCAAAGUCUGCCAAAAGGGAUUCGUAAAUGAAUAUGCUUUACUAGAACACGUGAACAAUAUUCACUCAGAAUCAAAACCUUAUGUUCAUAAACAAUGCUCUAAAGAUCUUACAAGUAAAGAAAAACUAUUGAAGAACAUCGAAUCACGAACAUUUAGCAUUCCUCACUCAAUUCAUUCAAGAAAAAUCGACGCAAGCAAGUACUCCGACACGGAACGUGGAUCAACCAUGAGUAAAAGCAUUUCCGUAAACUUGACACAUGCGGGAACUAAAAAUGAAAGUGAAUUCAUCGAUUCGAUACAUGCAAGAACAAUGGAUGAAAGCGGGUCUCUCGGCUCGAUACAUGAAGGAAGAAUAGAUGAAAUUUUUGAGGAGUAUCCAGAAAGAUUAAAAAGAAAGAAGCCUGAACCCAGAAAAUUGCCUAAAAAGAGAUGUACACAGUCUACAACUGGUUAUUUAACUAGUGUGGAAAAUAAUAUUGAUCAGGAAGAGGAUGGUGAUGAAAAGGAUGAAGAUGCAAAUGAAAACAGAACAGCCAGCAUUGGUGUUCAAGUUCACAUUCCUGUUUGCUCAUUCCUAAGUAAAAGAACAAGUACUACACUGAGAAAUUUAAAAAGGAAAUGUUCAAGGCUUACAAAACAAAUUUCAAAGCUCAAAUCAACUGUAGAAGCACAAAAAUGUUUAUUAAAAGAAAGAUUAAGGAAAACUCCUCUGGAAAAGAAAUUUCAGGAAAUUGUAUCUGAAGCUACAUUCAAGCAUUCAUUAAAAGCUAAUUUUUUAAUUGAACAAGUUAACAGUUAUGGUAAGAAAAAGGGGCACUAUGAAGAGACCACUGUAAAGAUUUGUGCAUUACUGCAAAGGAAAUCCUCCAAGGCCUACAAGUAUUUGAGACAAAUUGGUAUUUUGCAUAUCCCUCAUCCAGCAACCUUGAAAAGAUACAUUGGUUAUGCCAGUGGAGAAAUUGGUGUUACUUCACUGAUUAAAUGUCGACUUGCAGCAGAAUUCAAAGGAUUAAAGACCGAUUCUGAAAAGUUGGGGUCCCUUAUCAUUGACGAGAUGGCUAUAAAACCUAAAUUAAUUUAUGAUAGAAAAUUGGAUGUAUUUUUAGGCCAACCAAAUAUAGACAUGAAUCUGAUAGGACUUGAAGACAAAUUAGCAAAUAAAUUGCUGUGCUUCCUUUUCCGUGGCCUAACAACACCUUAUCGGAUACCUGUAGCCUUUUACUUUACUUCAAACAUAACUGCAUUUGACCUUAAAAAUUUAACUCUUAAGGUUAUCACAGCAGUAGAAGAGGAAGGAUUUAUAGUCCAGCGUGUGGUUACUGACAACUAUUCAGUUAACACUUUGAUGUUCCAACUUUUGAGUGGUGAUGAAUGCGGGCCAUGUAUCAGCCAUCCGAAUGACAAAACCCGUAAACUCUUCCUGGCAUUUGAUCAGUGUCAUGUAAUAAAGAAUGUGAGGUCACAAUUUCUGACCAAGACCUUCAGUGUAAAUGACAAUGAAAUAUCAGCAAACCAUCUCAAAUGUUUGUAUGACUACCAGAAGACAUUACCAGGACUAAUUAAACCUGUUCGAUUCUUAACUAGGAAACAUUUAUUUCCAACCAGCUUUGAAAAAAUGAACGUUUUACGAGCAGUUCAAAUUUUUUCAAUUGAAUUGAUUGCCGCCCUGGAAACAAUGGUUGAUAUUUCUCCUGAGAACGUGGUUCAUAAAGCAGGAUUACAGGAAACGAUUAACUUCAUGAAGAUCAUGAGGAAGUGGUUUGAACUUCAUGAUAUUUGUAAUCAAACUCAGUACAUCUAUUCUAGAAAUCAAAACAAGUGUCCUUUCUAUUCCUUAGAUGAUGAAAGACUGCAGUGGCUCCAAAACGAUUUUCUUCACUAUAUUGAACAAAUUCAAUCCUCACUGGAGAAAGAAAAAAGAUUUAGUGAUGAAACAUAUCACGCUCUGCGGUUCACAACCGUGUCCACUGUCCUCUGUGUGCGCCACCUUCUUCAGGAAGGUUUCCAUUAUGUCCUUUCCAGGAACUUUUCAAGUGAUGACAUAGAGGCACUAUUCAGCCAUGUACGCCAGUUAGGUGGCUACAAUGACAUGAUGGAUGUACGAUCCAGUAUAUUUGGUAUAGAAGCAACACUUAAAACAGGUUUGAUUAAAGCUUCCAUUAGUGCUAAUGUGGAAGCAAGAGAACCACCACUGUCAACCACAACAGCUCUAAUUUCAUUGCCAGCAAAAGAAAUUGCUUAUAGCUCUUGCUCAGAAAACAACAUUGCAUUGCCUGACAAAGUAAUGAAAAUUCUGUCCAGGUUUUAUAACCCACAAGGUGUUCAACCCACAAUGAAAAAUGCAGCAGUGGCUAUGAUUGCAGGAUACAUUGUGAAAGUGGCAGAGGAAUCGACAACCUGCUUUGACUGUCUGCAAAAACUUUCAAGACCGAAAAGCUGUUCUCCAGUUUUGAGGCUAAUUUUUCAUCAAGACCGUGGUGGUUUAAAAUACCCUAGCUUUGAACUAGUGAGAGUUUUAGACAUUAUUUCUGAUUUUGUUUUUGAAGCACUGAAGAAUGUAUGUUUAAAACAGAAAGGUAUAAGAAAAGAUAUUGUGAGAAUAUUAAUUCCACAUUUUCAAAAUUUACUUUGCUGCAAGAAUUGUGACUCAUCAGACUUUGUUAGAGUUAUUUUAGAGAAAUAUGUAAAUCCUCUAUUUGAUAAUUUUGGGAAAGCUAUGAGCGAGAAACUCCAGCCAGUAAAGACAUUACAUAAUAAGCCACUGAGCAGAAAGGUUAUGCGAGUGUAG